AUGACUCAGGUCUCUGAUGACCAGUUGCAUCCUCUACGACCUUCACGUCAACGUCGUCAAGGCUUCAUUACGACCUCUAUGGUUAGAGGCAUAUUGAGUGCCAGAGACCGUGCCACGACCCCCGUCAGUGCCAGAGACCGUGCCACGACCCUCGUCAGGGCCAGAGACCGUGCCACGACCCUCGUCAGGGCCAGAGACCGUGCCACGACCCUCGUCAGUGCCAGAGACCGUGCCACGACCCUCGUCAGGACAAAGCUCUCAGCGGCCAGACACCACCAGCUCUCUCACUACAAUGACUGUGUCAGCCAUGUUGUUUCAAGCAAAUUACAAAUUAAAAGGCUGUGUGCACACGGGUGUCAGGCACUGAGUGACCGCAAGGGGCAUACCUCGCCCCCUCCUGCUCCCCACCAUGCCAACGCUCAGUCAUCAACUGGACCAACAGAGAUCGCCGGAGUUCUCAACACCGCCGCCCACAGCAGAGAUCGCCGGAGUUCUCAACACCGCCGCCCACAGCAGAGAUCGCCGGAGUUCUCAACACCGCCGCCCACAGCAGAGAUCGCCGGAGUUCUCAACACCGCCGCCCACAGCAGAGAUCGCCGGAGUUCUCAACACCGCCGCCCACAGCAGAGAUCGCCGGAGUUCUCAACACCGCCGCCCACAGCAGAGAUCGCCGGAGUUCUCAACACCGCCGCCCACAGCAGAGAUCGCCGGAGUUCUCAACACCGCCGCCCACAGCAGAGAUCGCCGGAGUUCUCAACACCGCCGCCCACAGCAGAGAUCGCCGGAGUUCUCAACACCGCCGCCCACAGCAGAGAUCGCCGGAGUUCUCAACACCGCCGCCCACAGCAGAGAUCGCCGGAGUUCUCAACACCGCCGCCCACAGCAGAGAUCGCCGGAGUUCUCAACACCGCCGCCCACAGCAGAGAUCGCCGGAGUUCUCAACACCGCCGCCCACAGCAGAGAUCGCCGGAGUUCUCAACACCGCCGCCCACAGCAGAGAUCGCCGGAGUUCUCAACACCGCCGCCCACAGCAGAGAUCGCCGGAGUUCUCAACACCGCCGCCCACAGCAGAGAUCGCCGGAGUUCUCAACACCGCCGCCCACAGCAGAGAUCGCCGGAGUUCUCAACACCGCCGCCCACAGCAGAGAUCGCCGGAGUUCUCAACACCGCCGCCCACAGCAGAGAUCGCCGGAGUUCUCAACACCGCCGCCCACAGCAGAGAUCGCCGGAGUUCUCAACACCGCCGCCCACAGCAGAGAUCGCCGGAGUUCUCAACACCGCCGCCCACAGCAGAGAUCGCCGGAGUUCUCAACACCGCCGCCCACAGCAGAGAUCGCCGGAGUUCUCAACACCGCCGCCCACAGCAGAGAUCGCCGGAGUUCUCAACACCGCCGCCCACAGCAGAGAUCGCCGGAGUUCUCAACACCGCCGCCCACAGCAGAGAUCGCCGGAGUUCUCAACACCGCCGCCCACAGCAGAGAUCGCCGGAGUUCUCAACACCGCCGCCCACAGCAGAGAUCGCCGGAGUUCUCAACACCGCCGCCCACAGCAGAGAUCGCCGGAGUUCUCAACACCGCCGCCCACAGCAGAGAUCGCCGGAGUUCUCAACACCGCCGCCCACAGCAGAGAUCGCCGGAGUUCUCAACACCGCCGCCCACAGCAGAGAUCGCCGGAGUUCUCAACACCGCCGCCCACAGCAGAGAUCGCCGGAGUUCUCAACACCGCCGCCCACAGCAGAGAUCGCCGGAGUUCUCAACACCGCCGCCCACAGCAGAGAUCGCCGGAGUUCUCAACACCGCCGCCCACAGCAGAGAUCGCCGGAGUUCUCAACACCGCCGCCCACAGCAGAGAUCGCCGGAGUUCUCAACACCGCCGCCCACAGCAGAGAUCGCCGGAGUUCUCAACACCGCCGCCCACAGCAGAGAUCGCCGGAGUUCUCAACACCGCCGCCCACAGCAGAGAUCGCCGGAGUUCUCAACACCGCCGCCCACAGCAGAGAUCGCCGGAGUUCUCAACACCGCCGCCCACAGCAGAGAUCGCUGGAGUUCUCAACACCGCCGCCCACAGCAGAGAUCGCCGGAGUUCUCAACACCGCCGCCCACAGCAGAGAUCGCCGGAGUUCUCAACACCGCCGCCCACAGCAGAGAUCGCUGGAGUUCUCAACACCGCCGCUCACAGCAGAGAUCGCCGGAGUUCUCAACACCGCCGCCCACAGCAGAGAUCGCCGGAGUUCUCAACACCGCCGCCCACAGCAGAGAUCGCUGGAGUUCUCAACACCGCCGCCCACAGCAGAGAUCGCCGGAGUUCUCAACACCGCCGCCCACAGCAGAGAUCGCUGGAGUUCUCAACACCGCCGCCCACAGCAGAGAUCGCUGGAGUUCUCAACACCGCCGCCCACAGCAGAGAUCGCCGGAGUUCUCAACACCGCCGCCCACAGCAGAGAUCGCCGGAGUUCUCAACACCGCCGCCCACAGCAGAGAUCGCUGGAGUUCUCAACACCGCCGCCCACAGCAGAGAUCGCUGGAGUUCUCAACACCGCCGCCCACAGCAGAGAUCGCCGGAGUUCUCAACACCGCCGCCCACAGCAGAGAUCGCCGGAGUUCUCAACACCGCCGCCCACAGCAGAGAUCGCCGGAGUUCUCAGCGCCGCCGCCCACCAAUCGUCCCAUUGUGGUCCGGGUGAGACGUCUGGCCAAACUUUCUCCAAUUAGAACGUUCGCCUUUGUGCACCAAACUAUUAUUGGGGGACCUGGAUAUUAA